AUGUUCCUAGAAGCCAACAUACCUAUCGCAGGCUCCGUGUCGCUCACAGAUCAGCGCGAUUGGGCGGGAACGGCGGUCGCGCUGGGAUAUCAUGGCGUCGCGUUCAACGUCUUUAAGGGGCCCAACGAGAAGGUCGAGCCGCGCGAGCGGUGCGGCGUUAAGGCGGUUGCGAUGGACACUCUGCAAGCGACUCGAGAGAGAGUGCGACUCGCGCUGAAAGGAGCACAGCCCCUUUUAGACGAUAGCCCGUCGUUCUCCCAGCUCCUCCGCAUAACAGCAGCGGUGGAGGAGGGCGGCCCUGAUGUGAUAGCAGAGCGAUUGCCGACAAUGGUGGGGAUUGGAUAUGAUCUGGCGGCCGUGCAGCCAAUGAAUGGAGACAGCUUCCUCUCAGCCUGCUUCAGCAGCAAGGCAGACAUUGUUUCCCUCGACGUGUCCUGCUUCGCGCCAAGCCGCCCUUCCCCAGCCGCCGUCAAAGCAGUGAUGCAGGCCGGUCGGGUGUUUGAGUUCUGCUACGGACCUGCCUUGAAGGACCGCUCGUUACUGACACCCUUGUUACAGGGCAUCAGGGAGGUCUCUGAGGUGACACGUGGCAAGAGCUUGAUACUAUCCUGUGGUGCCACAUCAGCACGGCAGCUGAAAAGGCCUGCUGACGUGGCAGCCUUGCUGGCACUGGCGGGGCUGACACGUCAUCAGAUCCGCAUUAUCUUGACUGUCAAUCCCAAAAAGCUUCUGGCUCGUGCAGAGGCAAGGAGGCAGCAGAACCAGCAGCAGCGGUCGUGUGUAACGAUCCACCUAUCCACAGCAUCACCUACACCACAA